UUUGAGUGUCAAGGAAGGUUGCAUCCGGGUGACGGAGCCAAAACCAAGAAAAACCCAUCACAAACGAAGAAAGAAGAAAAAUCAAGACGCAACCCUCUUUCCUCCCAUUCUUUGUGUUUUCUUCGCUUUGUUUCCCUCAGUAUUGACAACCUGGACUAUCAAUCAUCAUGAUGCGUCUCUUCGCUCUUUUGUUCUCUCUCGUUGGUGUGAGCGGCUUUGUGCCCUCAAUGGAUCGAGCUGUUGGCCAGAAGACAUUGCCAAUGACAUAUGAUGCUGCAGUUGGCUCUUCCACGGGACUCUCGGCAGUCCUUGAGCGAACUGAACUUCCUGAGAAGCUGUAUAUCCCCAAGCAGAAGGAAACACCUAAAGUUCUGGGAGGCCUGAAGAUUGGACUCCGAGAAUUGGUGGUGGUCACAGGAGCCUCUUCCGGACUUGGCCUCCAAACUGCCAAGGUUUUGGCCAGGACCGGCAAGUAUUUUGUUGUCAUGGCCUGCAGAGACGUGGAAAAGGCAAAAAGAGUCGCCCAGGAAAAUGGUUUCCCUGAAGGGUCUUACGUCACUAUGAAACUCGAGCUGGGAAAUCUUAAGAGCGUUCGUGAUUUUGUUGCCAACCUCAAGGCAUUCAAGUCUGCUCGACCCUUGAACCACCUUAUUUGCAAUGCUGCCGUGUACAGACCAACCGAUCCCGUUCCAGCAUGGACAGAUGAUGGUUUCGAAAUGAGCAUGGGAGUUAACCAUCUGGGACACUUUUUGCUUCUGAAUCUACUUGUCGAUGACAUGGCGAAGGCAAAGAACGCUAGGUGUUGCGUUGUCGGUUCCAUCACAGGAAACACCAACACUGUCGGAGGUGGCUUGGUGUAUCCCUUCGCUGACCUUGGAGACCUUCAAGGGUUCGAGAAAGGUGGCAAAGAACCAGUCUCCAUGGCUGAUGGAAAACCCUUCUUCGGAGCCAAGGCAUACAAAGAUUCCAAGGUUUGCAACAUGAUGACAGUGUCGGAACUUCACCGCAAGUACCACGAUGAUACAGGCAUUGUUUUCUCCAGCAUGUACCCUGGCUGCAUUGCCGAGACAGCUCUUUUCCGCGAAAAGCGCACUUGGUUCCGCAAGGUCUUCCCAGCUUUCAUGAAGUACGUGACAGGUGGAUAUGUUAGCGAAGAGGAAGCUGGAGAACGUCUGGCUCAAGUCAUUGACGAUGAAAAGUGCACCAAAUCUGGUGUUUACUGGAGCUGGAAUGGUGGUGCCAAGACAGUGGGUCGUUGGAGCCCAGACGGCAAGCCCCGAGGAGCAGGUGGUUCGGGAGGCGAAAUUUUCGAGAAUGAAUACUCUAAUGCGGUUUCAGAUGAGAAGACUGCUCAAAUGAUGUGGGAUUACUCCAAGAAGAUGGUUGGACUCUCAGACAAGGAGAUGUACAAGGGAGGAAAACUCGAGUAAGAAGGCGGAGCAUCUACAACUUAAUUCAUCCAACAACGAAUGGCAAGGCCGAACUACCGGUACUUUCUUUGAUCACACUAGAUACUACAUCAUAACUGCAGGCUAAGCCACAAACCUUUCCCGAAGUUGUACGGUAUACCGGUAUGCGCCCCAUCGAAAUUGGCUUUGGCGCUGAGUGCUGGAGGGGCAGCGUAUGCUU